AUGGGCAUCCCUCGGGCCUCUUCCCCGCCUCCUCAGCCUCCCUCAGGCCUCUUCCCCGCCUCCCCAGCAGAGGAAGGCGGCCGUUCCGGAGGUGGAGAUCAAACUGGGUGCCUCGAGGACUCAGACCAAAGGGCGCGUCCAGUUCAUCCACAAGGCGGGGAAGUUCGAGCCUCUGGGAGACGACUUCUCGCUCAUCGACCUGCUCACCUUGCCCUCCAGGCCAAAUCCACGCCCGCCAUCGCCACGGAGAACCAAGACUUCGACGUGCACGAGGACCUCCGCGAACUCUACGGCGACCUGGUCUCGGCCGAGGAGCUGGCUCGCCUCGACGCGCAGCCCAACUGCUUCAACUUCAGCGAGAGAGUUUCCCAGACGCUCCUACCGCAGACCAAGGUGCUACCUCUGAGGUCAACCUUCGCCGAGGACGAGGUCGACCUUCAGGAGCUUCUUCCCGCCGCCAAGGUCGUCGAGAGAAUGGUGAAUCAGAAUGUUCAGGAUGAGGUAGUUCAAGACUACAAGUACUGGGAAGACGCGAGUGACGAAUUUCACCCCCUCGAAGGCUCUCUACUCCCCCUGUGGAAGUUCACCUGCGACGCGUCCAGGGUGUGCCUCGUGACGGACGUCUGCUGGAGCUUCCUGUGUGACGAUCUCUUCGCGGCUGGAUAUGCGACGGAAGGCGACUGGGAGGCUGAGGACGAGGGGAUGGUGUGUCUGUAUACACUCAAGAAUCCGGGUGUAGGGGAGAGGCUCGUGCCCGUGCCCCGAGGCGUGACUUCCAUACACCUUCACCCGACGCGUCCGGGUGUCCUGGUGGCGGGUCGCACGGACGGCGAGGUGAUGGUCGUGAGCUUCCGGGGCGCCGGGGCUCCGCGCGUCCUCACGUCCUCGGCCGCGACGGGGAAGCACCUGCAGCCCGUCGGCCAGGUGAGAUGGGAGGACCACGACAGAGGAGAGAUCCCGACCUUCUACUCCGUGUCAACUGACGGCCGACUGACUCACUGGAAAGUCAACCAGUCCUUCCUUCAGCCCUUCGACGUGAUCGACUUCUGCGAGGUGUCCCUGUGGCCGCCGUCGCACGACCCGACGCCGAUUCGGUUCCCGGAGCGACCCCGCCAGAGCUGCGAGCCGCCGCCGACCACGGGCAGGGGCGCCAUUGAAGGCCGAGGGACGUGCCUCGCCCUCCACCCCUUCAGGAGGGACCUGCUACUCCUUGGGACAGACACAGGCGCCGUCUUCCGCCUCCACACCCACAACACCAUCCACGCACUCACGCGCUUCUCCGCCCACGCGAUGCAGGUGACAGCGCUCAUGUGGAAUCGGCACCACAAGCAGGUGUUCGCGUCCUGCGGCUUCGACUGGUUCGUCAAGAUAUGGGAUGAGACUCACCCUUUGCCCCUCGUGACCCAUGACCUCGGCGCUCCCGUGACCGCGGUGACCUGGGCGUUCCACAGCAGCAGCGUCCUAGCGGCGGCGACGGAGGACGGCCGCGUUCACGUGUUCGACUUCUUCGAGCGCAAGUGUGGGCCGCUGUGCGUUCACAGAGUGCAGAGGAGGAGGAAGGUCGCCCCCGCGUGCUUGGCCUUUAAUCCAUUCCAUCCGUUGCUGCUGGUGGGCGGAGAGAGAGGUUACCUGAUGGCUUCCAAACUAUCUCCGAACCUGCGGAAACCUUUCAGAGAAGCGAAGGAAGAGGACGAGAGAACUGUCGCCGAAAAGGAACUCUACAAGAUGGACAGGCUGAUAGCGACGAGUAAAUAGGACGGAAG